AUGACGAAAACUGAGGUCAUUAGCGCCCAAAAUACAGAGCGAUACGCCCAUUGUCCAGCAGUGGUGAGCUCGUCGAGUAGCAAAGGGAGGUGUAUGGGUAAAAUCGAAGAUUUAAAGAUUGAUGCUCGAAAAAAAUCGAAAAGCGAAGGAUUUGCGAUGCCCCAAAUAGGUGAGCCACUCGACAGGCAUGCCAAGCAGUUAGAUUUGGAGCUAUUGGCACGGGGAAGAUUGGAUUUUAUCAAAUACUUGGAAUCCGUGAAGGGCCAGCUUACUCAGGAGCAAUACACACUGGUCCGUACGUCUGCCUUGAGUCAGGACACUUUGAUGGCCACGAGUGACAGACUGCAUGCCAAAAACAUCGAAACGAAAUUCCUGCUGAUCAAAAGAAGAUUUUAUCUAGAUGCUGAUGGCAUUGUUCGCGAUCAUAAAAACAAAGACACGAUAGUGUGUGAGCCCGAGUUGAUAUUCGAUUUAAUUCUUUGUGGGCACCUGAAUAAUAAACAUAUACACUGGCGCCGACUGCAUCGGUUUCUGAAAUUGCAAUUUGCGAACAUUACUCGAGAUUUCACCCAAAUGUGUAUCAGGUAUUGUUCGAAAUGUAAUGCCGACAAGAAAUUGGAGCCGCAACAAAAGUAUCGGCAUUAUAAUAUAUACAGCGGAUUGUUGCCACUCGAAAGAAUCCACGUUGAAAUAAUAACACCUUUCCCAAAAGCAGUUGAGUCAUUAUAUCCCCAUUUUCUGUAUUUCAGAGACUAUCACUCACGCUUUGUAUGGAUGCAACCUCUGGAAAGCGAUCAUAUGGGAGAUUUGAAGAAGGCGCUAUCAACCUUUCUUUUGUCACUACCGCGGAUCCCAAUUUUCAUCGAAACAAGUACCUUGGAUAGGAAGUGUCUUUUUGAAAUGUGCGAAUCGAUCGCAAGUCGCUACGCGUUAACAAUGGGGUUGGGAAUGAGCCAAUCUGUUGCAUUUCAAAAGAACGGAAUCACAAGGGUGCUCAAUCAGCUCAAUUCAGAUAACAAGUCUUGCCUUGAUAGUUGGCACAUGUGUUUAAAAAAAGGGGCCGCUGAACAAAAUUUAACAUAUAACACUCGAGUCCUAGCAGUUCCAGGAGACCUGCUAUGUAGUACGAUGAGCGAUUAUUCUAAGCAAUUCGAGCUUAAACGAGAAAAGUUAAUCGAAAAGCUUUGGGCGAGCAAUGUUGUUGAACUGCGCCAUAAUGGACGACGGCAAGGCUUACUGUAUCUUGAGGAUGAAGCCAGUGCUUUUUUGAUGCCAGACGAGGAACAUAUGGCCACGGAGAAUGAGCAUGAUCUGAUAUACAAGUCAGGCACACCUGUCGAUGGUGCUACUCCAGUCAAUUCUUCACCAUUGAGGGCUCAAAAUUUUUUCGAACCGCCAUCUUCAGCGGUUAAGAAACUGUUAGUUCAUUCUUCCAGGCCCGAUGCCCAGCUGAGCCCGGAAAUUGGUGGGCCUUCUUCGGUGAAGGCCAGUGAUUCUUUCAAUCAAGCCGCCACUAGAGAUGAGAUGUCGCUUGAGCUGUAA